AUGCAACAACUGUUGAAACUGUUGGACGAUAACAGUUACGUGUCCCAAUACCAAACUUGCGACGAUGGAGUUACGAUUAGAGAUAUUUUUUGGACUCAUCCGGAUUCGAUAAAAUUGUUCAACACGUUUUCGACAGUGCUCAUACUUGAUUCUACCUACAAGACUAAUAAGUAUAGAGUUCUAUUAUUUGAGAUGGUUGGUGUUACCUCAACUGAGAAGACAUACUCCGUUGGUUUUGCAUUUUUAGAAUGUGAAAAAGGACAAUUUUACUUAAGCAUUAGAGGUGUGUCGGUCACUUUUGAAUGA